CGUUAAGUCCGACUCGGUCGUGUAGACACUGUCGCUUCUUGUUUAGCUAGCUUUAGACACGCGGACUGAGGGAUCUUUAGGGAAUCCAUAAAGAAAAAGCCUGUAACUGCACAAACAUGGAAUACAAGCGACAAACUCCGAUCAUAACACCGCGCCUUAUCAUCCAUGGCGGAGCCGGGAAUAUCACGCCGGGAAACCUCCCGCCAGACAGAUACAAUGCCUUCCGCACCGCGCUGCUAACAAUUGUGUCCAAAACGCACACGUACAUGACGACCCCCAGGGACUCGCGGCUCCCGACGGCCCUCGACGCCGCCGUCAACGCCGUCCUGCAGCUCGAGGACAACCCGCUCUUCAACGCCGGUCACGGCGCCGUCUUCACGCGCGACGGCGUCAACGAGCUCGAGGCCUCGGUCAUGGUCUCGCGCGGCCGGGCCAAGCGCGGCGUCGGCGCCACCGGCCUGCGCCGCGUGCGCAACCCCAUCCUGCUCGCCCGCGCCAUGCUCGAGCACGGCGACGCCGACCUCGGCGGGCCCUCCAGCAUCAGCAGUAGCAGCAGCAGCAGCAGCAGCAGCCUCGGCGCCUCCUCUCCUGCUCCCUCUAGAGGCAGUGACGACGGCCACCUCGACAUCCCCUCGGCGCAGGGCCACACGCUCCUCCACGGCCCCGCCGCCGAGCAGCUGGCGGCGCAGUACGGGCUGGCCCUAGUGGACCCGUCGUACUUCUUCACGCAGAGGCGGUGGGACGAGCACGUGGCGGCGCUGGGGCGGGAGCGGGCCAGCGGUGGCGCCGAGCCCGCGACGUGGUCGGCGACCGAGUACCUGCCGCAGGGCACCGUGGGCGCCGUGGCGCUCGACUCGGACGGAGUGCUGUGCGUCGCCACCAGCACCGGCGGCCUGACCAACAAGCUGACGGGCCGCAUCGGCGACACGCCCGUGCCCGGCGCCGGCUUCUGGGCCGAGGAGUGGGAGGAGCGCGGCGACCCGUCGUCGUCGUCGUCGUCGCCGUCGGCCCGGGAGGAGUCGUGGCGGCGCGCCCUGGCGAGGCCCGACGCGCCCGUCGUGCAACUCGGCUCGGCGCUACGGGCGCUGAUGGCCGACUGCCUGCCGACGCCGUUCCUGUACGCGCCCAUCGCGGCGCCGGGCGGAACCGCCACCACCACGGUGCGCGCCUUUGCGGGCUCCGGCACGGGCAACGGCGACAGCUUCAUGCGCACCGCCGCGCUGCGCACCGUCGCGGCGCUGGCGAGAUUCGGCACCGAGCCGUCGGCCGCCGCGCUGACGGCGGUGGCGGGCCCCGGCGGCGAGCUGCAGCGGAGCGCGGGGGACCGGUGGGGCGCCAGGGGCGAGGGCGAGGGCGGCAUCAUCGGGAUCGAGGUGGCCAUCGUCAGCGACGCCGAGGGCCGGACGGUCGAGGUGCGUUCCGAGAUUUCGCAUGACCACAACUGCGGCGGCAUGUACCGCGCCUGGAUCGAUGACGCGGGGAAUGCUCACUACCAGGUUUUUAAAGACGUCCCUGGCGCUGCUGGGUACGGAGCCGAAGGUACCACGGAGGAUGUUCGACAUUGGUGCGGCGAGAAGACUGUACUAUAAGCCAUGGGUGUUGGGUUAGUGGUUCCGACGGUCCGUCGGCCGAUUUCACAUCUCAUAGCGUUAGAUAAAACACAGGAUAGAAGCGGUGGUUGAUCCAGUGAAUUAUUUCG